AUGAUGCAGACGACUCUCGCCCAGCUCGCUUUCGCGGGCCUUGCGUCCAUGGCGCUCGCCCAGGAGACCACCAUGGCCAGGGGCGAGAUUCUCAACAUUGCCGACGGUGCGACCACGGUCAAGAUUAUCGAGAAUGAGUGCAAAACCGACGAUUUGGGCUGCGUGCCUCCCCACACCAUUACCAUCGGCACCGGCACUUUCAGGACCAUGAUUCUCGAUUGCAAGUUGACCGGCUGUCCCACCGCCACCACUGGAUCCUGCUCCUAUGGCGGCUCCGAGGAGACCGCUUCUCCCUCCUCCGGCGAGGACGAAGACGAGGAGGACGGCACCCUCGAUCCCGAGUAUCUCAGCUACUACGCCCUCACGCUCGUCGGUGGUCUGCCUACCGACGGUCCCUCGUGUGGCGCUGCCACGGGCACGGCUACUCAGACGGGAGGCAGCUCUCAGGAGACGGAUUCUGCCGGUGUCGUGGCGAGGGCUCCCAUGGCGUGGUACGGUGUGGCCGCUGCCGUGGCGGCUAUGGGAGUGGCGAUGUGA